GUUCCGUAAAAUCCAAUGGGUAUCCAUCGGGGUAUAAAUUGCCAUCCAGAGUCUCUGCUCUCUGGUCCCCGAGCUUGUAUACAGCGACACGUAGCUUCGUAUCGCCACCGUUGCGGCCGCCGGCGACUUGUUAACCUCCGCGCCACAACUACUGCUGGUAUCAUCUCUCUACUGAAACUAGUUGAAUAUAGAAGGAUGGCCCAUACGCGGCACUGUAGAACUGCACUUGAAAAAAUCUCGAAUAGGUUAAUGCACCAGCCUAUUCUGUUCGCUGCUCAAGGGCUUCGAUAUCGAAAAUUGGAUGUUAUUCUUACUAGUAGUAUAGACAAGCUAGGGAAAUCUGGAGAGGUUGUAAAAGUAGCUCCGGGGCAUUUUCGAAAUCAUCUCAUGCCUAAAUUGCUUGCUGUUCCCAAUAUCGACAAGUUUGCUUAUCUCAUCAGCGAGCAACAGAAGAUUCACCAAACUGAUGGGAUUGAAGAGGUUAAAGUCGUUAUGAAGAAUGAGGAAGAUAUAAACAAAGAAUACCAUACAGCAGCGAAACGUCUGGAUGAUGCUAAGCUGGUCUUGAAGAGGUAUAUCAAAAUUGAUAAUGAACUGCGUGAACCCGUGACUAAAGAAGAAAUUGUGGCUGAGGUAGCGAGGCAGCUAUGUGUCCGCAUUGAGCCUGGAAACCUACAUCUACCAACUUCUUUGUCAUCUUUGGGGGAGUUCGAGGUACCACUCCUCUUGCCCAAGAUCAUUCCUUUGCCAGCAGGAAAGGUCCAGUGGACACUUGAUGUUAAAAUUCGUUGGAAAUAAACCGUUCAAUCUAGAAUGACUUUUGCCUUGCAUCUCCGAAUCGGAGUUGGUUAAUCAUAUCUAGUUUGCUGCCAGUAACAGCCACAAACCGCAGAUCAAUUCUAAUUGGGUGAGGAGUCCUAUACCUUCCUUGCUAAUAUAGUGCCAACCCUGCAAGGUAACAAAACUGAUUUGAGCAUAUUGAUGUGACGAUCUUCCUUAGUGACAAUCAUAUGUAUGUUUUAGAACUGAAAGAAAAUUAAUCAAAAAUUUAACGGUAAGAGUCUCUCUCUCUGGAUGCUUAACAAUUCGAAGCGUAAUUGCGUAAAUGCCCAACUCAUUGGACUGAA